CGGUUGCUGCACGCGUGUAAAUCAAACGCAUACAGUUCAGUUCGGAAGUGGCAAUCGAUAUAAACAAUCUGCUAAUUUUAAGUCAGUUUUCUAGAAGAGGAAAAACAAUCAGAAUGGAUUAUAUCAACAACGAGCAGCUUAUUGAAGCGGUGCGAACACGGAGGCCAAUCUGGGACGUAACGGAUGCAAAGUAUUACGAUAAAGUCUCGCGGACGCGUCAUUGGGAAGAUUUGUGUAAAUCGUCGGUUCCGGAAUUUAAGCAAUUUUCCACUAAGGAUAAACUGAGGAUAAUUUUCGAAGUUCAAAGAAAGUGGCGAUACAUUCGAGAUGCUUACACUCGCUCGUUGCGCGUUCGACAAACGAAACCAAAUGGUAAAAAAAUAAGACCAUACCUUUACGAAAAGAAUUUGGCAUUUUUGAACAUGUUACCGAAACUGUUCCACGAUACCGAAUCAUCGCACUCAGCGGACGACGAUGCAAUCGAUAACGAGCCAAUGGAUUAUCCGGAAGAUCAGUCUGCCGAUGAAGAUCCUCUUCAAAAAGUAGAUAUUUUACCGACGAUCAAAAUCGAACCGGAAAUCAUCUUACCAAUCGAACGCCCUUCAACUCCUCCCGUCGAAGUGAGACCCGUUACACCGGAGGAACCACCAGCAAAGGAAGAAAGUGACGACAUGAUAUUUUUCCGAUCGUUACUGCCCUUGGUUGAGCCUCUUUCGUUACGUCAAAAAAUGAAAUUUCGAAUAGAAAUGACGAAAAUGGCUUUGGAUUUUUCGGAAAAUGAUGCUGCUUUACCGAAAUCGCGCGAGCCGUCCGCAUCCAGUGGGUCCGUAGCAGUCCAAGCGCGUCCCAGUUGCUCGCACUGCAAUAGUGUACCACCGAACCAUGAACGACCCAUGGUAGAAAUAGGUGGCGCUGGCUGUAGUAGCGAUGCUUCAGAAGAUCAACUUUGAAAGAUAAGUGUAAAAAUGCAUUAAAAUUGACCAGGACAGGUCAACCGGUAAUUAAUUAGGUAUGGAAUUAGUC